AUGUAUUCAAAAGAAAAAUUGCAAACAUAUUCAAGAGAAGACCUCUUGAAGAUAUGCAGAGCUAAUAGAAUUCAUAUUAUGUCGAGUGACAUUGAAAAACCUGAUAUUAUAUCAAGUAUCUUAAAACAUUACAGAAGACAAUCAAGAAUUAUUUACCACGAAGAAGAAAAAUCAAAUAUGUCUUUAAUGACAAUCGAUCAAUUAGAAACUGCACCUAAUAGUAAUACCAAUAUUAAUAAUGAAAAUUUAAUUGGAUUUUCAUCAUCGCUAUCAAAUUAUUCAUUUCAGGGUGAUAUAUCAACAUAUAAACCUCCAAUUUUAGCAAGAAGAAAAACAAUAUUUAGAAAUAAUAAUAAUAAUAACAGUAUUAAUCUUAACUUAGAUUCAUCAACAUUAGAUUUAAAUAAUUACCAAAAUACAGGCUCCUUAUUAUCUGAUGACAAAAAAUCUAUUAUAAAAAAUAUAUUAAAUAAUAAUAAAUUAAUUCAAUCACAAUCCCAAUCACAAUCUUCAACUUUUCAACCAUUACAAUUUUCAAAUUCAAACUUUAAUUUUAGUGUAAAUAAUAUAAAUAAUGACUCUACAAAUAAUAAUAGUAAUAAUGUUAACAACGAAAAUAAAAACAAUAACGAAAAUAAUUUAUUUAAGGAUUCACUUAAAUUUUCAAAUUUUAAACCAACAAAUGAUAUAGUUUUACCAAAUAACCCAAUCGAUAUGUCAUUUCAAUCACCAAUGUCACCAUCUGCUGUUUUAUCACCAAGUUCACAAAGGGAUCAAGAUAAUAUAAUAAAUCAAAUUGCCUCUUUAGAUUUAACAAAAAUCUCACCAAGAAAAGUUGAUAUAAUAAAUGUCAACUAUAAAGAAAAAACAGUAAUGGCAACUACUAGUUCGGCUACUAUUGGUGCUUCAGCGGAAGUAUCGUUUACAACAAUAGAAAAUAAAGUAAAGUCACCAUUACAAAUUUCCCCAACUUUAUCACCAUCUUUCACUGCCACUACUGUCCCCCCAACUGCAACUGCAACAACAAAUAAAUCUCCAUUACAAAUUUCACCAACUUUAACUUCUGUAACAACCGAUAAUAGAAAAGAUGAUUUUAUGGCAUUAAAAAAGAGAUUGUCUUUAUUGAAAUUAAAAGAUAUCACAUCAAAGAAAAAAGCAAUUACCGCAACAACAAAUGAGAUUAGAUAUUCCGAAGUUGCAAGACCUGUUCCAAAAAUGAAUCCCCAUGUUUCAAAUAAAACCAAAACCAAUCCCAUUAGCAAAGUUACAAAAAAACCAGAUUUUGAUAAAAUUCAUCAAGCCGAGUUCGAUAAACUUCAAUCCAUUACAGAUUAUGAAACUAAAAGAAAAGAUAUGUGGGCUAAAUUAGGUUUUUCAAAUUUACCAUUUUUAAAUAAACCAGAAUCUACUACUACAACAAUAACAACAACAACAACAACCAAUACAACCAGUACAAAAGAUUUAGCACAACCAGAGGAUAUGGAAAUGUCAAUUGAAAAAUCACCAUUAAAACCAAAUAACUCAGAACCAACCACAACCUUAAAUCCAAUAACACCAAAGAAAAACAGUAAUUUAACAUCAUCAGGUGUUUCAAAUCCAUUUUUAUCAUCAUCAAUUAAUUUUUCAACAGUAAAAACUCCAACUAAAUUUAAAACUAGUAUGUUAUCUAGUACCCUUGUUAAUUCACCUGUUUUAUUAUCAGGCGAACAAAAAAAUUCAAUCUCUGCAACAACUCCAUCCAAAUUAAACUUAAAUAAAACUCUAUUAAGUGCAAAAUCAAAUGUUUCAACAACACCAUCUGCCACCCCUACUGCUACUCCAACUGCCACCCCUACUGCCUCAGCAUCAUCCACAAGUAAAUCUGCUACUGCAACAACUACACCAACAUCAUUAUUGUUUAAAAAGCCGACUGCAACAUCAACGGGUAAAACAACAACCACCACUCCAUCAUCAUCAUCAUUAUCUACUAAACCAUCUACAACACCAACAUUUUCAACUGGUAAACCAAUUACCUCAUCAAGCUCUGUAAAUAAAACCAAAACCACUUUAUCCUCUAAAUCAGGUACACUUUCAUCAACUUUAACCAAACCCAAAUCUGCAUCAACCACUACAACAGCCUCAUCAGCCACAACACAGCCAGUUUCAACUGCUACAACCAAAUCAUUGCCAUCAUAUGCCCAACCAACAUUUGCUUCCAAUCUAAUGAAUAAAACAAGCAGUAACUCCACAAUAGCGUCAUCAACUAAAUCAUCUUUAUCCAAAACUUUGGCCAAGCCAUCAUCAUUAUCAAAAACAACAACUACAUCAUCGCUAAAACCCAAAACACCAUCUAUUUCAGCAUCAUCAGAAUCACCACUAACCAACAUUACAAACACACCACCAAAAGAAGGUAAAGACUUAGAUAGUAAACUAAAAAAGAGAAAAAGUGUAAAAUCAACAGUUGUAAUUUCAGGCACUGAAAAAAGAGUAUUAUUACAGAAGAAAACAUCAGAACAAUCCCACGAGUUAUUUUUAAAUAAGAAAAGAGAACAAAAUAAAAUAAAAUAAUAAAAUAAUUAUUUAAUUUAUGAU